GGACGUUGGUUCCACCACCGUACGUUUUCUCCUCUUCUGUUCCACCGUCGCCCGACGUACGUUUUCUCCUCUUGCGACGUGAGUUUUGGGGGCCAUGUCGUCGGGCAAUCCCAUGGGCUUGUCAGAGAUCUCCCACUUUGGAACCUUUCAGCGGGUGGGCGGGAAGGCUGGUGGCUUCAUCAACAAGAAGUUCUUCCAUCCCUCCACGCUGCGAAAUCAAGAGAAGCUUUGGAAGGCCCAGACGGAGGAUGAGCGUGAGUUUCGGAAGCAACAAGAGCUUCAGAAGCGGCGCGAUGAGGAACGGCAGGUGGAAGAGCUACGAAAGCAGAUGUAUCUUUCAGGCCAGGGGAAGUCCACGGAUUUCCUGUCCACAGCAGCGGAGGCCAGUGCUGCCACCAGUCACUUGAACCACAGCGAGAAGGCCGAGUUGAAGCAAGCCAUCGCCGAGCAGCAGAAGCGGCGCCUGAAGCUGAAGCGUGCGGCACAAGCACAAGCUGCGGCGGCGGAGAAGGCGGAGAAGGCUGAAGAGGGCAGUGAUGAGGAAGAAGGGAUGCCCUCCUCAGCAAGUCCAGUAGACCGAAGCUUUGCGAAGUCCAGGUAUCCGGAGGACGUCAUGGAAAACGAGCACAGCACGGUAUGGGGCUCAUGGUACUCGCGUGAGGAGGAACGUUGGGGCUUCCGAUGUUGCAAGCUGCUGUCGCGCGGGGAGGUUUGCCCUGAGGGACCCAAGGAGCCUGAGAAGGAGGUGGUGAAGGACGGGCGCCGAAAAAGGAAAGAAGAGGUACAAGAGAGUGGAGCCUCUUCUAGCUCAAAGCCUGAAGCUCCACCUCCUGUGAUUGAUCCCGAGUCGCUUCUGGACACGAGGAUGUUGGAGGCCGCCGCCAAGCGGCGCCGGGUGAAGAGUUUUCAAGAGCUCAAGGAGCUCAAUAAGAAGUCCGAAACCAAGGAGAGCGAUUACUUGGAGGAGCUCUUACAGGAGCCCUCUUAGGAUCUUCCAGUGGUCGCAGAGAUCAUUUUGGCCCGACGAGA